AAGGGAAGAGAAUGUGGCCACUUUCCGUGGUUCAGAGUACUUCUGCUACGAUCUCUCCCAGAACCCCAUCCAGAGCAGCAGCGAUGAGAUCACUCUUUCCUUCAAGACGUGGCAGCGCAAUGGCCUUAUCCUUCACACCGGCAAGUCAGCUGACUACGUCAACCUGGCUCUGAAGGACGGUGCGGUCUCCCUUGUUAUCAACCUCGGCUCUGGAGCCUUUGAGGCCAUCGUGGAGCCCGUCCAUGGGAAGUUCAAUGACAACUCGUGGCAUGAUGUCAAAGUGACCCGAAACCUCAGACAGGUGACAAUAUCAGUGGACGGAAUUCUGACGACCACAGGUUACACCCAGGAGGACUACACCAUGCUGGGAUCAGAUGACUUCUUUUAUGUGGGUGGAAGCCCCAGCACCGCUGACCUGCCCGGUUCUCCGGUCAGCAACAACUUCAUGGGCUGUCUCAAGGAGGUGAUAUAUAAGAACAAUGACAUCCGACUCGAGUUGUCCCGCCUGGCUCGAAUCGUGGACCCUAAGAUGAAAAUCCAGGGUGAGGUGUCCUACAAGUGUGAGAAUGUGGCCACCUUGGACCCCAUUUCUUUUGAGACUCCCGAGGCCUAUAUCAGCCUCCCCAAGUGGAACACCAAGCGGAUGGGUUCCAUAUCUUUCGACUUCCGCACGACUGAGCCCAAUGGCCUAAUCCUUUUCACCCAUGGCAAACCCCAGGAGCGCAAAGAUGCCGCCCGCAGCCAGAAGAACACCAAGGUGGAUUUCUUUGCUGUAGAGCUGCUGGAUGGCAGCCUCUACCUGCUGUUGGACAUGGGCUCUGGGACUAUCAAAGUGAAGGCCACCCAGACAAAGGUCAAUGAUGGGGCCUGGUAUCACGUGGACAUCCAGCGAGAUGGACGCUCAGGUACAAUUUCUGUAAACAGCAGAAGGACCCCAUUUACAGCCAGCGGUGAGAGUGAGAUUCUAGACCUGGAGGGCGAUAUGUAUUUAGGGGGGCUUCCCAACGAUCGCACCAACCUCAUACUGCCCACUGAGCUCUGGACAGCGAUGCUCAACUAUGGCUAUGUUGGCUGUAUACGCGACCUUUUCAUUGACGGUCGAAGUAAGGACAUCCGUCAAAUUGCUGAGGCACAAAAUGGUGCUGGCAUCAAACCAUCGUGCAACAAGCAGCCAGGCAAGCAGUGCGAGAGCUACCCAUGCAAGAACCGAGGCGUCUGCAAGGAAGGCUGGAACCGAUUCAUUUGUGACUGCACUGGGACUGGCUUCUGGUCACGCACCUGUGAGAGAGAGGCUUCCAUCCUCUCCUAUGAUGGCAGCAUGUACAUGAAGGUGGUGAUGCCAACUAUCAUGCACACCGAGGCGGAGGACGUCUCCAUGCGUUUUCGUUCCCAGCGAGCCUAUGGCCUUCUCAUGGCCACCAACUCCCAAGACUCCGCCGACACACUCAGGCUGGAGUUGGAUGGGGGUCGCGUCAAACUCACGGUCAACCUAGACUGUAUCAGGAUAAACUGUAACUCCAGCAAGGGACCGGAGAACCUGUUUGCCGGGCAAAAGCUCAAUGAUAAUGAAUGGCAUACAGUGCGUGUGGUGCGUCGCGGCAAAACCUACAAACUAACGGUUGACGAUGAUGUAGCAGAAGGCCAAAUGGUGGGCGACCACACUCGUCUGGAGUUCCACAACAUUGAAACGGGCAUCAUGACAGAGCGUCGAUUUGUUUCCAGCAUCCCGUCCAGCUUCAUUGGUCACCUGCAGAGCCUCAGAUUUAACGGCAUGCUCUACAUCGACCUAUGCAAGAAUGGUGACAUUGAUUAUUGCGAGCUCAACGCCCGCUUUGGGGUUCGAUCCAUUAUUGCUGACCCUGUCACCUUCAAAUCCAAGAGCAGCUACCUGAGCCUGGCCACACUGCAAGCCUACACAUCCAUGCAUCUCUUCUUCCAGUUCAAAACGACCUCGCCAGACGGCUUCAUCAUUUUCAACUCUGGAGAUGGCAAUGAUUUUAUCGCUGUAGAACUGGUAAAAGGAUACAUCCACUAUGUCUUUGACCUCGGAAAUGGGCCGAACCUCAUCAAGGGCAAGAGUGAGAGGGCACUGAAUGACAACCAGUGGCACAAUGUGGCUAUUACCCGAGACAACACCAACACCCACACACUGAAAGUAGAUGCAACAGCCACGAGUCAAAGCAUCAAUGGGGCCAAGAACCUGGAUCUCAAAGGUGACCUGUUCAUCGCAGGACUGGGUCCAGGCAUGUACGGCAGCCUGCCCAAACUUGUGGCCUCCAGAGAAGGCUUCCAGGGUUGUCUGGCAUCAGUGGACCUCAACGGUCGUCUGCCGGACCUCCUCAGUGACGCCUUGUUCCGCAGCGGGCAGAUUGAGCGUGGAUGUGAAGGUCCCAGCACCACCUGUCAGGAGGACUCCUGUGCCAACAUGGGCAUUUGUAUCCAGCAGUGGGAGAACUACACCUGUGACUGCUCCAUGACCUCCUACACUGGCACACAGUGCAACGAUCCUGGGACAACGUACAUCUUCGGCAAAGGAGGAGGCCUCAUUACAUUCAAGUGGCCGGCCAAUGAGAGGCCGAGCACCAGGACCGACAGGCUGACUGUUGGAUUCAGCAGCUCCCUGAAAGAUGGCAUCCUGGUUCGGAUUGACAGCGCUCCUGGUCUGGGGGAUUAUCUCAUGCUGCACAUACAACAAGGGAAAAUUGGAGUGACAUUCAACAUUGGCACCGUGGAUAUCAGCGUGCAAGAAAGCGGUACCACAGUGAAUGAUGGGAAGUAUCAUGUUGUCCGUUUUACCAGGAAUGGUGGGAAUGCUACGCUGCAGGUGGACAACUGGUCCAUCAAUGAACACUUUCCAACAGGGAACAGCGACAUUGAACGCUAUCAAAUGGCCAAUAAGAAAAUUCCUUUCAAAUACGCCAGACCAGUAGAAGAGUGGCUACAAGAGAAAGGGCGGCAGUUGACAAUUUUCAACACUCAAGCAUCAGUCGCAAUUGGAGGUAGUGAUCAUGCCCGGCCCUUUCAGGGUCAACUGUCUGGCCUUUACUAUAAUGGCCUAAAGGUGUUGAACAUGGCGGCUGAGGGUAACCCUAACAUCAAGAUCAACGGCAGCGUGAGGUUGGUAGGUGAUGUGCCCAGUGGGGCAGGCUCAGCCAGGACCACGGCCAUGGCCCCCGAGAUGUCCACAACCUUCAUUGAGACAACUACCAUGAUGUCCACCACGACCACACGGAAACACAGGUCCUCCUCAACUGUACAGCACCCAUCAGAUGACAUAGUGUCCUCCGCAGAGUGUUCGAGCGAUGAUGAAGACCUAGAGGAGUGCGAGACUAGCCAUGCAGGUGGGCUAGCACACCCCACAGAGCCGGGCGUCAGGCGAGUACCAGGGCCCUCGGAAGUGGUCCGUGAAUCUAGCAGCACCACCGGGAUGGUCAUCGGAAUAGUGGCGGCCGCUGCCCUGUGCAUCCUCAUCCUCCUGUAUGCCAUGUAUAAGUACAGGAACAGGGAUGAAGGCUCCUACCAGGUGGACGAGAGCAGGAACUACAUAACCAACUCAGCUGUACAAAGCAAUGGCGCUGUGAUGAAGGACAAACAGCAGAGCUUGAAAGGCAGCAACAAGAAACAGAAAAAUAAGGAUAAGGAGUAUUAUGUGUGACUGCAAGACUUUGAUGAACACAAGAGAAUGAAGGAAGAAAGCACUGAGAGAACAUUUACUUAUCAGUUUCCUUGUGAGGAGCUUUGACAAAUGAUGGUAUUAACAUGGAACUUGAAUAAACUUGUACUGUGCUGAGAAGAUGAACUGAUGAAAUGUACUGUAAUAUAAAGCAAACUUACUAUUGUAAGCAUAACGACAAGGCUAAAUAGCAACUUUAGAGAUCUCAUACUUCUAUCUGGUCAGACACGUUGUCAGUAUAGAAAUAUUUCACAGCUAAACCAUUCUCCUAAGUGACUUUUAGAGCUAUGUGAUCCUUGGCGUUAAACAAAAAAAACAUUUUUGUAAAAUUCUUAAUGGCAAAAGGCUCAUAAUCUUCUACAUUUUCAGCAUGUAAGCAACAUGUAGUGCUUCAAAACGAGGGGUCAGGCACAUGAUCACUGUAAAAGUAAAAAAGGACUGCUGUACCAGAAUAUGACAAAUUUCUAUGGUUUAUACAUAAUACAAGUGUGGUGUCUUACUUAUUUUUGCUUCAAGCAAAAUGGAAAAAAUGACAAAAAGAACAAUAAGGAAAAAAAACUGUUUCUGUGUAUAAAAUGAAACCAAGUGAGUAAAUUGCCGUGGGCAGAAUUCAGAAUCUGUUCUGCUCUGGCAUCUGAUUCACCACAACUAUUCUCAUUGUCUGCCGGGCAGAGUGACUAUCAGCUCUGUGGAGAGAAGUGGAAAGUUCUGUUGGUAAAAAGCAAGUUAUUGUGAGAUGCAUGCCAUCCUACUUCUAAAGUAAAGUACAGUAUGGUAAAAGUCCAGUAUACAGUGUUCGACUUGGACCACAUUCUCUUUAAUGGACCACAUUCUCUUAAAUGCCAAAACACGUUGUCAUCAAAUCAGAGCUCUCUGCCCAAUUCCCCACUUUCAGAACCCUUCAAACUGCUAACCAUGGAAAAAAAAAAAACAUCUCUAAAAGAAAAGGUAUAUUAUUGGUGCACAACAAAGUGGUAGUUUUAUCUUUUUGACAAAUUGUAUGUUGGUUCAUUGCCUAUAUCGUUUUUCUAUGGAGGUGUCAGGAGGAAGACAAAUGCAGUACUACAACAACUGUUAACAGAUGUGUAUACAAAAAUAAAUCUAAUGUUGAAAGUGUGAAUUCUAUCUGCUGUCACAGUCAGCUGUGUCAAGAAAAAAACACAAGAAAUUUGUUUACAUAUUUUAUUACACACUAGCUGUUGUACUUUGUAGGUAGGAAAUUGUACAUAUACCAUGACAGUUGUAAUUUUUUAGUACCUCUAUUGUACAGACUGAAGAUAUGGUUUAACAGCGUAUUUGACAUGAUGAAAUCUAUUAACUGUUACUUUACAUGGAGAAAGACUUUAAUCAGAAUGUGGAGAAUCAUAUUGAUAUUCAUAAAGAAUAAAAUGUAUUGUUAGCCUAGAGAUCUAACCAGAGAUGUUUCUAAAGUUGCAUGAAUAUUUAACUACUUGCAGUUGUCCAACAAAUACAAGGUGCCCUUCCUUCUGUAUUAUGGCUUUCUUGUUCUGGGUUCCACUAGUGUCGUUUAUUUUUUAAUAAAGAAUAAAGUCAGAGAUAUGACAAAGACCGAGAGAGAGAGGCUAUAAUGGAUGGGGCUUUACAAUUCUUUUUAAUAAAAAGCUAAAAUGGUGUCUUUUAGGUGUGACUGCUCACCUCAAAUCAUUGUCUUGUCACUUCUUUAUCGCAACUUCUUGUUUUGACACAAUGUGAUCGCGCUUUUCUGUUUCCAUUUUAAGCCAUUUUCAUUCAAAGAUGUGAGUGUGAGCCUUUUUUUGUCAGGGAUUUACAUUUUUAUGUUACAAUUGUUACAUUCCAUAACCCUUUUUUCACCAGAUUCAUAGCAAAUAAAACAUUAUUUUUUUCUCUUAACUCAUACUAUAGUCCUCGGGUAAUCUGAAAUCUAUGGUUCCUCAUGGCGAUACACUGCCACUUUGACAUUUGCCCUGAUCCCUCACAGAAUCAUAAAGACUGUAUAUAAAGCUGGACGAUGUGUGUCAACUUCCAACAACGUAACAAAACUGAAGCCAAGAUAUCUCGGACACGGGCACUGCCAUCUUGCCCCGCUGAUAUCCUUUGGAGCCAGAGCUAGAGCCAUCAUUUGCGCAGUAGGUAUUUUGAAGUGGAGCUGUGAUGUAGCUUGAUACGUGCACUCAAUAAAUAACAGGUCAGUGUCAGAUAUCAGCCAUGACACUUCACUCUGUUUUACCUGUAAAUGACUAAUAUAUGACUGAUACUACAGCCAGCCACCAGGGGGCAAUUCAUAUUUUUAGGCUCAGACAAUCUGGUCUACAGAGGAUUUACUUGAUUGGUGUCAGCAGCUUGUCCUGCCUUUACUGCUGUCGUCUAGCAACAGCGCUGCUGAUAGACAAGUGGGAAAUGUUAAUGCAACUUGGAAUUUUUGGUUCGA